AUGGAUGUCUCAAUGCUAUCACCUCAAAAACGCUCGAGAAACAUUCAAAAGUUGGCUGUUUGGAGAGGAGAUGUUGCACAGAACAAGGAAAUGUUUGAUUGGCUCGAAGAACAGAAAGAAGUAUGUAUCAUUAAACUACAUAUCUACUUCAGAAAUCGAAAACUAAGAUUUCAGAAGCGCAAAAUUGAAGCAGUCUACUACGAAAAUCUAGAAGAGCUGGAUUCAGAUUGGAGCGAAUACACUUUCUUUUGUGGAGAUUUCAAAUCCGAUUUAUUUCGCAAACUAACACAGAAUCAAGAUACAGGUACCAGUGCACACCUCAUUGUGGGUACCGCCGUUUUAAAACAAAAACUAAAGAGACGACUGGAUUUCAUGCCGUUGAGACCGUGCCGACCUCUUUAUUGUGAGUUGAUGAAAAAUGUAACAAUGAAGUUGUCGACAGAAGUAACGAAUAAGAGGGAACUUGUUGAAUUGGUGCAUUUCAUGGGAGGGAGCGUACGGAAAGAUACUGUGCAAAGAACAAAUGUGUUUAUUGCUGCUAAGGUGGAAGCAAAAGUUCAGUCGAUGACUCUGGUUGGCGUCCCGACAUUACGUGCUGACUGGAUCACAGAUUGUUGGGAGAAUCGAGAUGACCCAGAUUACGACGUGUUUCGGCAGGACAUUGUCGACAAACACAAAUUGGGAGUCUUCGAAGGUCUGAGCCUCUAUUUUCAUGGGUUCAAGAAAAACGAGAUUGACGAUAUGUGUUUCAAUUUGAACAACACGGGUGGGACGCUCGCAGAAGACCCCUCAAAAGCUACUCACGUCGUUUACAAUCCAGUAAACGACGACGUUGAAACGUUGCCAGUCUCAGCAAAUCAGGUCCACGUUACGCAGGAGUGGUUCUGGGUGAGUUUGCAUCGAGGGUGGUGUGCACUGGAGGACAACUUUGCACUUCCUACUGGAACCCUCAGACGAAAACCACUGGACAAUAGUACUAUUAACAGCCCGCUCGGCAAAUCUCUCCGGUCCCACAACUCCAGGUCUUUGUCGUCGAUGCGUGAUUGUAGCGGUGAAGGUCCGUCGUUGAACAUGACGCCUGACUACAUAUAUUCAAACGAUGAAGUUGAAAAUGUCGGAAAGUCGCCUCGUCAACCCUCAAAACGUCUACGCGUGUGUAUGGAGAUGGUGGAUACUGAGAGAAACUAUGUUUCUCUGUUGAAGCUAGUCAUUAAGUUCAAAGAAGCUCUUGAGAAGGAAAUCGCUCAAAACGAAUUCAUGACGAAGUCUGAUGUGGCGAUGAUGUUCGGAAAGUUGGACCCCAUUCUCGAGCUUCAUGAGAAAAUUCACGCAAAGCUGUCGAGUAUAAUGGCAGAAGCAAACAGUGUUCUUACUGCUGCGAACGGAAAGAAAAACGAUGACAAAAGUCUCGAUUUCGCCCAAGUUUGGAUCGAUGCCAAAGAUGAGAUGAAAAAGGCCUACCCGCAGUACAUCAACUCGUUUGAUACAAUGAAACGGUUUUUUGAUAAGCAAGAUAGAGAAAACUCGAAGUUCCAUACAUUCUGCAAAGCAAAGGAGAGUAAUCCGGAGUUUCAUAGACUGAAACUGACUGAUUUGAUGGUGAAACCAGUUCAACGUCUUCCCAGUGUUGCACUUCUUCUCAAGGAGAUCGGGAAAAAGUCGGAAUCUAAACUGAAGCAUACAGCAGAAGAAGCACAGAAAGUCAUUGACGAAGUGUUGAAGGUUGCCAAUAAAACUCGAGAAAAGAACGACAACCUUAUCUCACAUCUGAGCAAGUUCACAGACAUUGAGAAUGUUCCGCCAACACUGGUUGCUGCUAACAGAAUGUUUUGCCGUGAAUUGGUAGUGAGUCCUAUAGCAAGCACUUCGAGCCGUCUUUCUGUCGUCCCCAGAAUGAAGUUAUUCUUCUUCCAUGAUGUGUUGAUUGUAUGUUUCGAGACGGGGAUUCAGUUAAAUUUCAGUAAAUUUCUUAUUCAGCUAACCAAAAUUCGCAGUGAGAAGAAUACAAUGCAGCGACUUGCUAGACAUGCCUCGUUCGCAAGUCUUCAUGCCAGACAAAGAAGACCGUACAAGUAUAUCGAUCAGAUUCAGCUGACAACAAUGCGAAGCGCGUUCCGGAUUCGGCCGCCUGAGGAAGUGUCAAAGUUCCUCGAAGCACAUCACACAGUCCAUGGCAUCCGCCCAAGAGAAGUUUUCGUGUGGUGUUUGAUUCAUCGCGAUGAGCAAGGCGGGGACACAGAAACCGUUUUCGAAUCAUCAGACUGUGAAGAGGUGCGAGACUUCCUGGAUGAGAUUCACCUCAAACUUAUGAGCAACUGUGGAAGAUUCUUCUUUCAAACAGAGAUGGCUGAUGUCAAUGAGCUCAACGAUGCCCAUGUAGCUGACAUGACUACUCGAUUCUUCAAAAAUCUUUGUGCAACGAAACCUCAAACCGGACACGGAAGCCAGAUGAAUAUUACGGAAUGGUCACACAAUGAAAGCAUGAUGGGACCACCACAAUCUCAGAGCAGAAUGCGAAGAGCUUUUAGUAACGCUCAGCUGACGAUCACCUCCACACUCGGAUUUGGAAGAAAUCAAAGCCGUAACAAUUUGGCACGGAUCAAUGAGAAUUCGUCCUUCAUGGCUUCUCCGAGAGUUUCGUGUGAUCCAGCUGCUCUUGCCAACAUGACAUCCGUUGGAAUGCCCGGAUCAGUGAGCGAAUCCGAGUCAACUCCAAAACGAGGACUUCGCGCCCGACUCACUUCAUCCACAUUUCUCAAUCGAACACAUCUCGUAAGAAACUCAUCGAUGCGACGACAGACCCACGGCUUCGCUUCUCAAUCUGAAAUCGAGCCAGCACGAUCGAGAACUUCAUCUCAACGCGUUACCGAGUUGUAG